AUGCGAAGCUUUACUGCUCUUAGAACAUUGAUAAUUGCGGAAUGUCCACGUCUAUCGUCUUUGCCGAAACACCUACCUGCAUUAGAGAACUUGAUAAUAGGAGAUUGUGAAAGUCUUGAUUUGGGGAAUAGGAAUGGGGAAAAGGAAGGCAACAUUCAAGGAUUUGGAAGCCUACGAAAUUUGUACAUUUCUGAGUUACCAAAGCUGGAGAUUUUGCCCAGGUGGCUAUUUCAAGUACCUACUUCUAACAAUCUGCUUUACUUGUCGAUUGACAAUUGUGAAAACUUUAGAGCAUUGUCAGAGUCACUAAGUCUCACAUCCCUUGACACACUUGUGAUUAAAGACUGCUCAGAACUCUUAGCUCUACCUGAGGGAAUGGGUCACCUCACUGCAUUAAGACAACUGCAGAUUGAACGUUGCGAUAACUUAGCAGCUUUGCCAGAGAAGAUGCGUCGCCUUACUGCCCUAACACAGUUGAAGAUUGAAGGCUGUCCUAAAUUGGCUGAAAGAUGCAAACCAAGAACAGGUGAAGACUGGAACAAGAUUGCUCAUGUAAAAGAUAUAUAUCUUAAUGGCCAAAAGAUUCAGGUGAGGAAAAGUGGUCUUGAUGAUGAAGCAGCUGCUGGAACAAGUGGAGAGCCACAGAUGGAGUUCCCUGGUGUGGUGCUGCAGCUUUACUUCAUUUCUCUGUUUGAUUCCGUUUUCUAG